CAUAUUUUCUUCUUUAGGCUAAGAGUCUCAAAACCACAAAGAAACUGUAUUAGAAUAAUGUAUAACAACAUAAAAGUAAUAAAAGCAGGGACACCUGCAGUGUUGAUGUACAUGCAGCAUGUUUAUUGCACUCUUUCUUGCAUGAUAGGGAAACUCUAGGACAACAUAUGCCCAAGACCUAGAAAAGUGACUUCCCAAAAGAAAAAAGGAAAUACAUGCUAAUUCUAAUGACUCAUGGCUGCCUUCUGCCACUUCUGGAAGAAUUCCCUAGCCCAAAAAGAAUGGGCCUCCUAGUGAUUUUGACUUGCAAAAAAAAUCAUGAAGAGAAAUGUGAAUGUGAUCACUGUCUUCUUCACUGUUGCUGUUGUUAACCACACAGCUUUGUUUUUCUUUUAGGGUGGGUGCUAGGUGACCAUGCAUUCUUUUAUGGCUGACCACUGGCAAAGCAUCCCUGGAGAAGGAGCUGAGCUAUGCACAAAGUGGUAAUUGUGAACAGCUACUGCUCCAUCAGCUGGAAGAGCCAAGGCUGACCACUAAAUAGAACUAAUGAAGGUAUCCUUUCAAUAACAGCUGAUACCAUGCAAUGCUUAUACAAAAGAGGUAAGCAGUCUGAUGACAUGACUUUUGUUUUAACUGCUGGCAUAGCACAAAAUCUCUGUAUGUGUCUGAUAGCAGGACAUCGUUUUCCAGUGUGACCCUCUGAUUUUGCUAAAAUGACUGCAGCUUUGAAUGUUGCUUGGAAAAAUAAGUACCUCUUUAAACAGGGAUACAAAAGGAAAAAAAAUAACCAAUCCACCUUGAAAUUUAACACAACAUUACAAUGAAAAAGGAUGCUGAUCCCUGAUAAGGCAGGCUUGGCAGAGUGGGUAAGGGAGAGAUAAAAAGCCAAGACAAACCUGUAGCACUGAGUGGGUGAAACUAAGGUGGGGGAGGAUUAAGAUGGCAUAUUUCCCUCCCAGGCUGGGUUUUACUUCAUGAGAGAUUUAAGUGAGUGAUCUUCCCCUGUGAUAUGUCAUCAUUAUCAAUAUCAAGGAAGCAACAAAGGUUGCUGCUAAGGAUGAGCGUCUCUCUCAUCUCCUCUCUUCCCCGAUGACAGCGGAGAUAGGGAACCAGGGAGACUCAGAGGCAGCACCAGUCCUCAGCAGGCUCUUCCACUGGACAGCAAUAGGCAGUGAGGUGUGGUGUAGCCACAGAGAGAUCUAAAGUCCCAUUUCAGGAGGUGCUCCAAGCAAGGAAGAUGAGCAAAUUCCUCUCCUCAGAACUGCUGCCACAACAGAAGACACACAGACGGAGUGAGCUCACCCCAUGGACAACGUUUUCAUGCUGCACAUGUUCAGAGAAUAAGGAAGUGACGUGCAAAAGGGAGAAGUGUCCAGUGCUCUCCAAGGACUGUGCUCUCGUCAUAAAGCAGAGAGGAGCUUGCUGUGAGCGUUGCAAAGAUUGCAGUUUUGAAGGAAAUACAUACAACAGCUCCAUGAAAUGGCACCUCCCCAGCAAUCCCUGUGUUACAUACCAGUGCCAGGAAGGAGUGAUAGUGGAAUCAGAAGUACAGUGUGUUGUUCAUUGCAAAAACCCUUCCAAACUCAAGGGAAUGUGUUGUCCUGUGUGUCCAGGUUGUGUAUUUGAAGGGAGACUUUACAAUGAAGGAGAAGAAUUUAGGCCUGAAGGAAAUAAAUGUACCAAGUGCUCUUGUAUUGGUGGCAGGACACAGUGUAUCCAAGAAGUCUGCCCCAUUCUUUCAUGUCCCCAGCACCUCAGUCACAUUCCUGCUGGACAGUGUUGCCCCAAAUGCUUAGGGCAGAGGAAAGUAUUUGACCUCCCAUUUGGAAGCUGCCUUUUUCACAGCAACGUGUAUGAUAAUGGUUCCUCAUUUAUGUAUGACAACUGCACAGUGUGUACAUGCAAGGAUUCAACAGUGAUAUGUAAGAAGAGGUGCUUACUUCCUGGUGGAUGCAAUAAAAACAAAGACCAAUGCUGCAAGGAAUGUGUCUCAUACAUCUCUCCUGAGGAGGUGAAAGUGUGCAAGUUUGGCAAUAAGGUCUUCCAGGAUGGAGAGAUGUGGUCCUCUGUGAACUGCACCAUCUGUGCUUGUGUGAAAGGCAAGACAGAGUGUCGCAAGAAACAGUGCAUUCCAGUCAGCAGCUGUCCUCAUGGUAAAAUCCUGAACAGGAAAGGAUGCUGUCCGAUUUGCACUGAAAAGCCUGGAGUUUGCACUGUAUUUGGAGAUCCUCACUACAACACUUUUGAUGGACGGACAUUUAACUUUCAGGGAACAUGUCAGUACGUUUUGACGAAAGACUGCUCCUCCUCUGCCUCGCCCUUUCAGGUGCUGGUAAAAAACGAUGCCCGUCGGACCCGUUCUUUCUCCUGGACAAAGUCAGUGGACCUUGUGUUGGGCAGAAGCACAAUCAGCCUCCAGCAGCACCUCACAGUGAAGUGGAAUGGGACCCGAAUUUCACUACCUUGCGAGACACCGCAAUUUCACAUCGAUUUGGAUGGUUAUUUGCUGAAAGUGACAACCAAAGCAGGCUUGGAAAUUUCAUGGGAUGGCGACAGUUUUGUGGAAGUCAUGGCUGCACCUCAUCUGAAAGGCAAACUCUGUGGUUUGUGUGGCAAUUACAAUGGGCACAAGCGAGAUGACCUGAUUGGGGGGGAUGGGAAUUUUAAGUUUGAUGUGGACGACUUUGCUGAAUCCUGGCGCGUGGAGUCCAAUGAGUUCUGCAGCCGCCCGCAGAGGAAACCCCUACCCGAGCUCUGCCACGGGACAGUCAGGGUGAAACUCCGAGCUCAUCGGGAAUGCCAGAAACUCAAAGCGUGGGAGUUCCAGAGCUGUCAUUCAACAGUGGAUUAUACCACGUUUUACCGGUCCUGUGUGACAGACAUGUGUGAGUGUCCAAUCCAUAAAAACUGCUACUGCGAGUCAUUCCUGGCAUACGCCCGAGCCUGCCAGAGGGAAGGGCUGAAAGUCCAGUGGGUGCCAGAGCAGAACUGUGCAGCAACCCAGUGUAAACACGGUGCAGUUUAUGAUACCUGUGGUCCAGGAUGUGUCAAAACAUGUGACAACUGGAAUGAAAUUGGACCAUGCAACAAGCCCUGCAUUGCAGGGUGUCACUGCCCUGCAAAUUUAGUUCUUCACAGAGGAAGAUGCAUCAAGCCAGUCCUGUGCCCACAGCGGUGACAUUCAUUCUCUUUCCAUGGACACAAGCGUGGGUGGUCACUGACCCCUCCCUCCUGAUGCUCACAGCCAGUGAAGGACUCCAGCUGUUUGUGUGCAGAUUCUGCAAAGUACAUGUCUACUCACAGAGUGCAAAUAUGCUCCUCUGUGUGCAUUUGUGUGUCUCUAAGUACACACACGUGGCACCUAGAAAGAUAUAUAAAUGUAUACUGUGUGUAUUUGGACACACGUGUCCAUACACAAGUGCCCUAAACAUAAGUACAACUCAUAUAUUUAUAUAUAUGUCCACACUCAAAUAUACAUAAUUUCUAUAUACCAUAGAAGGAUGAAUUAUAUAUGUAUAUUUUUUGCUAUAAAGUUUAUGUAUUAUUAUUUCUUGGACCCUGAUCUGUAAGUCAUUGUAUAAAUAAACCAGGUGUUUUUAAUAUAAUAUUGUGGUAUGAAAAGAUUGGAUGACUUUGCCAUUGCAUAAGUUUGUCGUUACCAAGGAAACUUUUCUAGGGCCACAGCACUGCCAGGCUGGAUUAGUUUCAACACACAACCUGGAUUUACAGUUGUACAGGAAACACAUUUCUCUGGAGAUGGAGGAUUUAUCUAGGAAUAUUUCAUGCGUACCUUAGAGCUGCAUAGUGAUUGGUGACAGUGCUUAAUCAGGCAGAGAAAGCUGGGGAUUGGCUUUUAUGCUUUGCUGAAAUAACUGUGCAAAAUGAUUUCCAAAGCUGGUUGGACAAUGGCCAGGAUAGAGAUAUUUCUUUCUGGAACGGCACCAAAGAGUCAGGGCCAGAUUCUCAUAAGUGUUAGGCACCCAACAGCUCUCUUUGAAAAUCUGACCACUUCCCAUUUCAUAUCCUAAUGCCCCAUCUCUGUUGUGUUUGGCAGUAGCUGUGAAUACACAAUGAGGAACAGGAAGAAAAUAUUCAUGUGCAUAUUAGCCCCUUAAACAUGUUUGAAAUGCCUAGGUUUGUUUCAUGUCACCCCCAAAUAUUAUGCAGAAAGCAAAUCCCAUGCUGAAACAUUUUAUUUCAGUGUGCCUUAAAACAUCAAAUAAUGCCAGGCUUAGUAACUCAUUUAAUUUAUCAGCAUGGUUUAGAAGAAAGACAAAUUCACCCCACCGAAAACCAGUAGAGAAUGUCAAAUGCUAAUUGAAGAACUGCAUUUUAUUUCCUUAGUGGUCUUUUGGUUGAGGUUUAUGAACAUAUGGGCUCUGUGAAGUUUGCAUGACUUUUGAAGUCUCCCAGGGGAGAAGCAAUAAUAUGGGAUUUCAUAAGAAACGGAUAAAAAAGCCAUGCAACUUUCUCAAGCCUGAAGGGACAGGGGGCUAUUUUUCUUCACUGGAAAAGGCUCUUGUAGAGCCUGAUGGAAUGGUCUCUGGAGAUGACAGAAAUCUUUGUGCAUCUGAUUUAGGUUUAUAAUGAAGUAAUAUCUUCCCACGCAGCUACUUCCAUCAUGCCUUGCAUUGAAAUUGCACAUUGUAAUGCUUUGAACAACUUUCUCCUUUAAUUCUUUUCUUUUGAGGAAGUUAAGCAGGGCCUGAGUUUACAGUAAGUGAGUGGGUAAACAUACUUGGGUUAUACAACCUUUCUGUGAUCCCAACCUGGAGGAAGAUGCUGAGUGAACCUGGUUAACUUAGGCACCACGCUAUUCAAAAUGCUGUACCACCACAGUGUUAAAAAGAUCUGGGCAUAUAAUGCCAAAAGUGUUCCAUGGAUGUUCAUCCAAAUCUUAAAUAAACUCAGCUUGAUCUUUUUAUGUC